GAGGCGUGCAGAUGGGGUGCGCUCCUGGGGGUGACAGGCCAAGAGGUUACCAAGCGGCAUCGUGAAACUUGUUCUGUUUUAAUCAGGGCCUUGGGACGCUCCAGAAAGGUGAGCAGGAAGGCGAAGACACGCCUCCCCCGUGUAUAAAUGCAACUGCGAUCGACUGUCUGUCAGAAUCAGCUCACCGCAGCCUCUCAACAUGCAGCUCGCUCUCCUCGUGUGUCUGGUGGCCGCCGCCACUGCCGCCCCGCAGUUCUUCGGCCGAUUCGGGCGCCCUUAUUACGGCGACGGAAGACACAUCGCUAUCCUGUCGCAGUCUCAGGAGGGUCCUGACGGCGCCAGGUUCCGCUACGGAUUCCAGACGGAGAACGGCAUCAACGUGGAGGCACGGGGAACUCCUGGAUCCAAGGGCCAGAGCAACAUCGACGGCAGCUUCAGCUUUCCUUUCCCCGAGGGAGGCAUCGGCAGUGUGAGCUACGUGGCUGACGAGAAUGGCUACCGCCCAGUAUCCCCGCUUAUCCCCACGCCUCACCCACUCCCCGCCCACGCCAUCGAGCAGAUUCGCUUCGCCCAGAGCCAGGGCAGGUUUGGCUAAGACGCCUCCCCACCGCCGGCCCCGUUCACGCAUGAACGCAGACAUCUGAUGAACACAGGUCCUCAUCUGGUUACGCUGACAACGCGUCACUCGUCAGAAAGUGUCCAGCCGGUAAAACCUAACCAGGCAUGCUGGCAGGGUAAUAAAACCAGAGCAGAUGAA